GAGGGGGAUUGAACCUUGUGGCAAUAACCAAGCCUCUGAAUUGCUGAGCUGGUUUUAAUUGAAGUGUGAAAGGAGGUUUUAAGGCAGAGAGACAACAUCCUGUUGUUCCGGCACUCCUCUCUCUUUUUCUGCACAUCUGGCUGAACUGGGAGUCAGGUGGCUGACUUGGGACCCGGUUGCAGCAGCAGCGGCCUCUGCCUUCCACUGUCCCACGCCUCAGUGGCCCUCGAGUCCACCAGGUCAUGGACGCAGUGGCUGUGUACCACGGCAAAAUCAGCCGGGAGACGGGGGAGAAGCUCCUACUUGCCACGGGUCUGGAUGGCAGCUAUUUGCUGAGAGACAGUGAGACCGUCCCGGGCGUGUACUGCCUGUGUGUGCUGUAUCAAGGUUACAUUUAUACAUACCGAGUGUCCCAGACAGAAACAGGUUCUUGGAGUGCUGAGACAGCUCCUGGGGUUCAUAAAAGAUUUUUCCGGAAAAUAAAAAAUCUCAUUUCAGCAUUUCAGAAGCCAGAUCAAGGUAUUGUAAUACCUCUGCAGUAUCCAGUUGAGAAGAAGUGUUCACAAGGUGCUACAGGGAGAAGAGAAGAUCCUGAUGUCUUCCUGAAAGCACCGUGAAGAAAAAUCAAAUACCUUGUACUUUAUUUUCUAUAAUUUAAAUAUAUGCUAAGUCUUAUAUAUUGUAGAUAAUACAGUUCAGUGAGCUACAAAUGUAUUUCUAAAACCAUCAUAGUCCUGUAAUGCAAGUAUCUAGCGUGAUGUAAAAGCUGAAAUGGAUUUUGCCGAUAAUGUGGAGCUUUGAAAUAAGGUUAUUUUUCAGUAUUAUUUACAAAUAGGAAAUGAUUUAAAGCAUAAUGAUACUUUAUAAAAGAUUAAUAUCAAUUCUUGCCAAAUAGAAAUAAAAAAAUCCUGUUUUUUCUCAAACGCAUCAUUUUUUAGUGAAAUAUUAUUUGACAGCUACUGAUUUUAAAAUGUCUUUCUUGAUUAGAUGGCAGGAAGCUGGUUUCUCGUCCCUCGUCUUUGUCAUGUGUGGUUCUAAUUAAGUAUCACGCUCUCCACUGACUAUGGUGUUGUAGGGUGUUUGAGGAGUUAUGAAGUUGUGCGCUGUGUGUUUAAAAAAAAAGUACUGGAUAAAGAAGAAAGAAUUUCUGUUUAAUUUUAAAAGCAACUUUUUUGCCUAGUGUUCUGAUGUUGGAUAGCAGAAUCCACAGACCAGUCUGGAGUUUAAAAAGCCCGUAAUUUAAAAUAUGCUCUAAACGUUGAUUACAUUUGAUAUUACAGGAUUUUUCAUCUACCUCCACCCCAGUUGUUGGUACUCCGUGUAAAACCUUAUUUUGAAAGGGAACUUCAGCAGCUGUGCUCACGAGUAGCUGAUUUACAAGUGAUCUCCCGAUGAGGUAGCCUUAUGGGAGUCCUGAAAACCUUAUGCUUGUGUUGUUUAUUAACAGUUAGCUCCAAGUGAUGGCAACCUAAGUGAGAGCCAAGAUUUUACACAGUGACAGAUAUUUAUAAAUUUUUUCUCACACGUAUAUCCUUAUGACUUUUGUGAUUUGAUUAUACAUGAAGUUGUUUCAGGGCUCCUAGAAUUCAACAAACACAAUAGGCACUGGGGUAGAGAAGUAAAAACACCCAGCCCCCUGGGCUCAGGCAGCUCCAUCUCUAGUUGGACAAGAAAACAGUAACAAUUAAAAAAAAGUAACACAAAAAAGAGCAAAAGAUGUCCUUUAAAGGGGAUAAACACAUGCUAAAUGAGGUUCUCAACUGUGAAGGUGGAUCUGUUGUUAGAGGCAGAAUGAGUCAACACAAAUACUCUGGUCCGUGGUCUGGAGGAAAAUGCUAAAUUCUAUUGUAAACUAAUACAUUGGCAUUCUGGGUUGUGCAGGAGUGGGGGUGAGCUGGAUGAACUGCCGAGAGACAGAGCUACUCUCCGUGCACUGGCAAGAUCUGGUGUCUGACUAUUUAAGAUGGUUGCAGUGGGAGUGCAGAGGUGGAGUUGGGCUAUAAUAAUGUAUUAUGGGCCUUUUACCAUUUCUAGAAAAAAAGGCAUUACUUUAACUUUGCAAAGGAAUUCAGAAAGCCAACUUUCAAAACAAAAUGCAUAUGUUUAGAUAAUUUUUCCUUUUUUGUAGCUUGGGUUUAAAUUUUAAUAGGUGUAAAUAAUUUUCACCCUCUCUGACUUGUUCUUUCUGUAAUAAUCCCAAAUAUAUGAAUUAUGUUUGCAUGUUUCUUUACCAGAGUCUUUUUUGAAAAAGCUUUUUUGAAUCGUUAAUGAUCUUUCAUAUUUCAAUAAAGUGUUUGAAAGCUUUACUUA